GCAUGCGACGCACGGAAGAGGAGGAGCUGCAUAUGUCCUAAAAUACCCACAAUCUCAGAUAGAGCCAUGGCUUCGAAUGUGCCCGUAAAACAAGAACCAACAGAUGCAACUGAUUUGGAAAACAGGAUAAUUGAAUUAUGUCGGUCAGAUCCCAAAGGAAUCGGUGAUGCUAUUAUACAGGAAGAUAUGCCACACAUUGAUGUGCGACAACGAGCUACAGCCAUUAAUCGAUUAUUGUCUGCUGGUCGCAUUGAUUUACUGAAAACUACUGCAGGAUUAGUUUACAAAUUAAAAGAUCCACAGACAUCUAGUAAAAUGAAGGGAUCUGAUAAUCAAGAGAAGUUGAUAUACCAGAUAAUAGAAGAAGCAGGAAAUAAAGGAAUAUGGAUCCGUGAUAUUCGUUAUAAAAGUAACUUACUCAUGACACAAGUCAGCAAGAUUCUUCGUAAUCUGGAGAGUAAAAAACUCAUUAAAGCUAUCAAAUCUGUUGGGGCAUCAAAAAAAAAAGUUUAUAUGUUAUAUAACAUAGACCCAGAUAGAUCAGUGACCGGUGGUGCUUGGUACAGUGAUCAAGAUUUUGAAUCAGAAUUUGUAGAAGUUUUAAAUCAACAAUGUAUGAAAUUUCUUCAUCAAACGAGAGUGAAUGCCGAGAAUAGCAAACACGAUCCUAUUACUAAAAGAAAUGCAUCAUAUGCAUCGUCCAAUGAAGUCUGGAAAUUCAUAUCGGAAUUAGGAAUAAGUAAAGUACAGCUUUCAGUAGAAGACAUAGAAACUAUAUUGAAUACAUUAAUAUACGAUAACAAAGUGGAAGUAACAGUGGUUGCAAGUGUUGAAAGUGGACAGAUAAAAUUAUAUAGAUCUAUUGAAUUGCUGAUUGAACCAACAGGUCUCAUGAGAACAGCAUGUGGUGUUUGUCCAGUAUUUAAUGAGUGUCAAGAAGGGGGUACUAUAUCACCUACUACAUGUAUUUAUAUGAAGGAAUGGUUGGAUUACUAAGUUCUGUUUUAAUGCAACUAUCAAUAUCUAAACAUUUAUUUAGUGACUCACAGGGAAUGGAUUCCAUGGGUGUAAUUUGAAUGUACCGG